AUAAAGCCACGUUUACUCGGCCAACAAGACAUAUGCAUAUCAUAUCACAAUCAGAUUUCACAGUUUCUCAUCCAUAAACUCUAGAAAACACAGGAUAAGAAGAUAAGCCCACCUGGCAGAAAAGAAAAGCCCUUUCACUACUUCACUAAUAUUCCACUUCUGUUUUUCUCCUUCCCUCACUCAAACCACAGAAACCAACCAAUGGCUUCUCCAACCCUGAUCACUCCCACAACCUCAACCCCGAAAACCCUUCUCCCCCCUAUCCGAUCCAAGCUGACAAUCACCGCCUCUGCCCCUGCCACCACUCCACUGCAAAGUCGACGCAUGUUCGUCUCACUUGCAGCUGGAAUAGUCCUCUCACCUAUCCUCCCUGCAUCCCCUACAUGGGCAGUUUCAGACGAUGAGUACGUGAAAGAUGCCGGAGAAGUGAUCAACAAGAUACGGAACACGAUAAGUAAAGAUAGGAAUGACCCUGACGUAGCUGAUGCAGUGGCACAACUAAGAGAGACUUCAAACUCAUGGGUAGCAAAGUACAGGAAGGAGAAAGCUCUGCUGGGAAGGUCAUCUUUCCGCGAUAUCUACUCGGCUCUCAAUGCAGUUUCUGGCCAUUAUAUUAGCUUUGGACCGACUGCACCGAUUCCGGCAAAGAGGAAAGUUAGGAUUUUAGAAGAGAUGGAGACGGCUGAGAAGGCUUUGCAAAGAGGAAGAUGAAUAACGUUAAUGUACAGAAUUUUUUGUAUGUAACACUAUUGCUUAUGCUUUAAAUUGUGCUUCGGACUA